CUUCAUUCAGCUGAGUGCUGCAAAGAUGAAUGGCUGGGGGGUGGAAGAUGGAAACCUUGGAGAAAUGGAGCAAAGACUUCAUGGCACCCCAUCAGCUGGAUGAGAAACAGCAUUCCAAACAAAAUGGCAUGAUUGCAAAAAAUCUGCUGAACUCUCUCAAGAUUCACAAUCGUUUGCAGCUCCAACCUAUUUCUCGUUCAGCAUGUGCCACUGGCUCCUGUCCAGAUCUGAUGAGUAGGAACGAGCAGCCUGACUCCCGGCUGCUUGCCAUGGCCCUGACCCCCCAGCUGCCCCCCAGGACCCACCGGCCCCUGUGUCUCUCUGUGUCCUCUGACAGCAAUGGACGCUUCAAAGCUCUGGAGACACAGGAAUGGAAGAACAACCUCAAAGCUCAGAUGGAGCAGGCCCAUAGUGCCGGGGCAGCCAGCAGUACAGGCUCCCUGGAGAGAGCAUCUCUCUUUUGCGCCUCUGGCUCCACUACCACCUCCAGCUCUGGCCUGUCCAGUCCAGUGGAGCACCUCACCAAGAGCAAGUCCUCCAGUCGCUUCUCUCUCUUCUCCCCUCCAUGGAACAGCAGCUCAGAGUCCGAUUCCAACCCUCCGUCCCGCUCUGGAUCCAAGAAAAUGCGCAACUACAGUCGCAGAGCCAUUCCUGGCGGUGCCAAGACGGGGCCUGAGACACCAGAGCCCAAGCAGAGUGUCUCUGAGCACUUCCAGUACUCAGAUCCAGUUAUUUCCAAGGUUACGGACUAUAUUUAUGUGGGAAACCUGAAUGCAGCUUAUAGUGGACGUACGUUGUGCCGCAACAACAUUGACAGCAUCAUCGACAUGAGCAGUCUGCCUGGGGAAACAUGUUUGAGACUUAUUCCUUGCACUUGCUCAAGGGGGGUGAAGCAUACUUGGUCUCGUCUCAAAGUGGACAUGAGCGAUCUCCCGGAGACAGUUCAGGAAGGGCUAGCCCUCAAACAUCGCUGCUUCGAAGACAUCAACGAAUGCAUCGAUGCUUCAACGGAAAAGAGGAAGCGAGUCUUGGUCCAUUGUCGCGACGGGUUUUCCCUCGCCCCCACUUGCAUUAUUCAGUACCUCAUGGUCAAGCAAAAUAUGAGGCUUAUCGCUGCCUACGAGUUGCUCAGAGCCAAACACCCUGUCAAUAUUCGUGAGUCCCAUCAGAAUGUUCUGGUGAGUCUAGAAGGAGCCCUGAGACCAGGCGGGAACGUGGACCCAGAGGGUUUUAAACAGGCAAUCUCCCGCAAAGUGGCCUGGACCUGAUAGAGCCUACCUUGGGAAACCACAUUUUUUUGAAAUUUUGUAGUUUGUGCUUUUAUUUUGUACAUUAUUCCCUCUGUUAAUAGUGAAAGGCAGCUUUUAUUUGUGUUUUAACUGAGCUAGAUGUCAUGGUGUGAGUACUAACUGUGAACAUUUUCUGAAAUUGUUGAGUGGCCAAAUUAGAAAGCAAGACCAGAGAAUUUGAGUCAUUCAUUUUGCCUCUGGCUAAACUAAAAACAAACAUGCUUUGCGCAGCUGCUAAACAAUGGGAUGUGUCUGGGAAGAUAUCUACUGUUUUUUCUUUUUUUUUUCUUUGUGUGGGUACAUAGCCAUGCUGUGCAGGUUUAUGUUGAGGGAGAAUUUAGUGGUAGUGUUCAGGAGUCCAAACAAUGUCAUGUAUGACUGAUCAUCAUUAUGGCAAAUCAUCAUUAUUGAGAAUGAAACAUCACACUGUAAUAACUAAAAUUUCUGACACAUUCAUAACAGAUUAAAGAAAUAGUUAACCCAACAAUAUAAAUUCCUCAGAAUUUUCAUUUUUGGAUGAAGUAUUCCAUUAAGGUUUGGACAUGAUUAGUCAUGGCAUCUGCUAUUACAAAGCACAAACUUUGUUUGCUUCAUUAUUCAUAGGACAAUUUGAUGAUAUUUCUGUGUGUAACCAGGGUAAUAUAUUUUGAAAAGAUGCACAGUAAGAGUAGUCCUCUGUGAGGAGUAAUUUAAUUUUUCCAGUGUAAUAUUCAGAAUACUUGAUGAAAUAUUUCAUUAUAUAUGAAUAUUUCAGUGCUUGGAAAAAUUUGAAUUUUGUGAUUGUGUAAGCAUUGAAACUAGCCCACUUUUUACCUUUUACGGAGUGUUGGUAUUUGGACUAUGAAUUGAGCCUAGGGUAUGCUUUGUUUUUUGCCUGCUGUUCUGUCUUUCGUACAGUCAUGUGUUUUACUUUUCAAAGUAUACUCCAUUGAACGCACACGAUUGAUGCAUGCUCACUACAACGAUGUGCAGAAGACCUGCUGAUGACAAAAUGUAUGUUUUGUUCACAAUGCUUGAGGCAUAGCGGCCAAUGGAAAUCCAAAGCAUACUUUGGGCUUUAAACUGAAUUGUGGAGAAAUGCUCAAUUGCAAAGGCUUUAUAUUGCACUAACUACAAGGAAAUGCACAUGUAAAAAGUUUCAGUUUGUUGACACGUGGCUUAGUUUGAUUUAAUGUUGCGCAGGGAACGUAGAUCAAAUUAUUUUUGAUUACGAUAAUGUUUAUGCUCAUCUAUGAUGAUUGUUGUACAUGGUUUCUAUUGUAUUUUGAUUUAGCCAGUAAGAAAAACGUAACAACCUUGAUAGCAUACAUAUAUCUCCGAGACUAUCUAUUGGAUGCAUUUUUUUUCUUUUUCAUUUUGAUGUCAUUUUCAAGCAUUAGCUCACCUGCAAUAUGUCAUUAAGAUGUUCCCUGUUGUAUGUUAUACCCAUUCUACACUGGAAGGAAGCUGCACAUUAAAUGUGCAAAACUAGAUUGCUCCUGUUGCAAUCAAUGAAGCUUUCUACACUGGAUGCAAGUGACAUGUUGGAACUUGAAAAAACUUGCUCCUGUUAUAAUUUACGGUGCUACCUAUAUUGGAAACAAGCAGCUCAUCAUAAAGUGCAAAAGUAACUAGCUCCUGUUAUAAUCAACACGCUAUCUACACUGGAACUAAGCAGCAUGUUGUAACUUGAAAACUGGCUAGCUCCUGUUAUUACCGUCUGAGCUAUGGAAGCAAGUGGCAUGUCGUAAUGCAACAAAACGAGCUAGCUGCCAUUAUAAUCGACUGAGAUAUACCUGUACUGGAAGCAAAUGGCAUGUUGUAAUGCAACAACACUAGCUAUCUUCCGUUAUAAACAACUCAGUGAUGGAAGCAAGCGACAUGUUGUAAUGCGACAAAACUAGCUAUGCUAGCAAGCAGCAUGUGGAAUCUAGCUUGCUCCCGUUAUCAGUGGAGCUACCUAUAUUGUAAGCAAGCUGCACAUCAUAACACGACAAAGCUAGCAAGUUCCCGUUAUAAUCAACGAAGCUAUCUGCUCUGGAAACAAGAAACAAGUGGCACGGCAUAACGUGACAACUAGUUAAUUCCCGUUAUCAAUGGAGCUACCUAUAUUGUAAGUAAACAGCAAGCCGUAACUUGACAACUAGUUUGCUUAGUUAAUUAUAGCGGGCGCUAUCUAGACUGGAAGCAUGCGCCACAUUGUAACUCCAAAAAAGUAUCUAGUUCCCGUUACAAUCAAUGAAGCUAUCUUACGUAUGCAAUGCACUGCUUGACUCCAGUGAGAAUUGGGUGUUAGAGUGACAUUCAGCAGAUGUUUUUACAAUGUUUUUGAUUUAGAUUGUAUGUGAAUUGCGUUUAAAAUAAAACGCAAUGCUUUCCAGAUGAUGAUCUUUCAAAAAUGUCUCGUUGACAUAUGUGUGCUUACUGGGAAAUUACCCUCAAAUAUUUAACAUGGCUUAUGCUUGUCAGCAGUUAUUAUAUUUAAAAAUUUAGUGAGCAGUUUGGUAAAGAAAGAACCUCCUGAGUUUGGUGCCUUUUGUUUUAAAUUGUCCAGUGUGAUUAUUGUGACAUUCACACGCACACACUGUAUGCACACAUCAGGUAUAGACAAAAUGUCGUCUUAAUGCUUUGACAUGUUCAGGAAAUGCUCCAUGUUGGUGUAAUUUUGUGAUUGUUUGGCAGAGAUCAGUUUAAUCAGAUUAAGUUCUUGUAAAAGGUUUCAUUGCAGUGCUCACAGUGAACAGCGCCUGUAUUUCAAUCAGUGUGGUGGUGAAAGUUAAUCAGUGUGAUCAUUACCCAUCUUCUACAGGCCUGCUAUUAGCUUAAAACAUUAGCAAAGCUAUAUUUAGAUUCAGAUUAAAUUUACUGUUGGUUUAUUGUUAUGUAAAUAUAUUUUUGGAUGGUUGGUCUCUCCUUGUAAAGGUCUAACAACAUGAACUCUCAGGUUAACUUUAUUGGCCUAGAAAACAUUCUCAAUGAGUUACAAACCAGAAUAUUGUGAGAAAAUGUAUUUUCCGUUUCACGUUUUUGAAGUCAAAUGCCUUUGUAUAUGUUGAUAUUAAAGAGAA